AGCUAGGCUGCGGCCAUUUUAGAGAAGGGCAAAGAUAAGGGAAAAAAAUAUUUAUUUAUUUGAACUGGUGACGUAACAGAAAUACGGACCAGACCAUGUCACGCUAAAAACAACGGACAUAUUGAAUAUGCACAACUCAAAAUGCCAAAAAUUAAUUAUAUUCAAUUAAAUGUAAAACCCACAUUAAAACUUGUCAAAAUAAAAUAUGUAUAUAAAUGACAAGAUAACAGACUAAGGACACCAAUAUUGGAUAGAUAAACGUUUCAUAACAAUUAACCAAUGGGGUCCUAAACAUUAUCCAAUUAUUAAUUGAUGGUAGUCUGUAAAUUUUAAUAACCUUUCAAGAUAAAAUUUAAAAUAUUAAAAUGUAAAAUACAUAAAAUCUUGAAUUGUGAAUGAGGUACUGGACUAGACUGGAGUGAGUGAUACCCCUUGCGUUUACAAGUGAAUCCCCCUCCAAUGAAUAGAUCACAUAAUUGCAUUCUAAACCAGAAAUCUAAAACAACUAAAAAUUGCUUAAAAAACAGUUGACGUUGAACUCAACAUUUAACCCAUUAGGCACUAAAGUAUUUAAAGAGUGAAUCCACUGAGAUUCUUUCUGACUUAUUGUCCUAACCAAAUGGGCUCCUCUCCAUGGCUUGUUGAAUUUAUCUAUCCCCCAAAACAUUAGUUGUUUAGGAUCUUUAUUAUGUUUCUCCGCAAAAUGCCUACUUUUAUAGGCAUACAAAAAUAUAUCAGGAAAAUGAACAUUAAAAAAUAUUUUUUAGGUAAUCCAAUCAAAUAUGGAUCUUCCACAUUGACAUCCACAAAUCCCAUUCAACAUAGUACACUCCGCAAUAAUUCUGUGUUUAAUCCACAGGUCAGCAAUAAUCCAAAUAUUGAAGUUUUCAAAAAAUUAGUCCUUCAGGACCUUGAUGGACUAAAACUGAAAAAAGCGAGUGAUCCCAUACAUCUCAAAAAGGGAAUGCAGUCCCUGAAAAAACGCAAAGACAUUGUAAUUAGACCUGCCGAUAAGGGAGGAGGAGUUGUGGUUCUAUCCAAAGAACAAUACAAUACAGAACUCCUGAGACAACUGGAAGAUACUGAGACCUACACCAAAUUAUUAGGAAAUCCCACCUCCAAAUACAAGGAGCAAUUGAAACAACUUAUUCAUUUGGGAGUGAAAGGUGAUAUCCUGAAUAAAAAAGAAUCCGUAUUUUUAUUACCGGAAGUUUGUAGAAUACCGAUAAUAUACAUCAUUCUGAAAAUACAUAAAGAUAAGGUCAACCCACCAGGCAGACCCAUCGUCAAUGGUGUUGACUCACUCACAGCCAGGAUGGGUCAAUACCUUGACCAAUUUUUGCAACCAGCUAUUCAGCAAACCAAAGCAUAUCUAAGAGACACUAAACAUGUUUUGCAGCUAUUAGAAGAGGUACCUGUUGUGGAGGGACAAACCUGGAUCGCCACGGCAGAUGUAUCCUCUUUAUAUACAAUAGUAAAACAUCACCAAGCUUGUAGUGCUACGAAGUGGCUUUUGAGAAAUUAUACUAUGCUUAUUUGCAAGCAACGGAAAUUUCUCAUUAAAUGCUUGGAAUUCUGUCUGAAAUCUAAUUAUUUCUGGUACAAUCAAUCGUACUAUAACCAAAGAACCGGCAUCGCCAUGAGCGCAAAAUUUGCACCCUCGGUGGCUAAUGCCUUCAUGGCACAGUGGGAGGAGAGUGCCAUUUAUUCCAAUACCCCCACUCAAUUAGUAUUCUACAAAAGAUACAUCGAUGAUGUGCUCAUGGUGUGGAAAGGUACCAAGGAAACAUUUGAGAAUUUCUGUGCAGAAUUAAAUAUUAAUGAUCAAAACAUUAAUUUGGUGUUCAAUAUUAGUGACAAAUCAGUAACAUUUUUGGAUCUAGAUAUUACUAUAUCAACCAACAAAUUGAUUACCAAAACACACUUUAAAAGUGUUGAUUCUAAUAGUUAUUUGUCACUGAAUAGCUGUCAUCAUAAAUCAUGGUUGCUAAAUAUUCCUAAGGGACAGCUGGUUCGUAUUAAACGGAAUUGCACAAACAAUACAGAUUUUUUGACUCAGGCAGAGUUCAUAGGUGCAAGAUUUAAAAACAAAGGAUACUCAGAUAACUUUAUUGAUGAACAAAUUCAAUCAGUUGCGGGUCUAGAUCGAAAUACGAUGCUACAGGGAAAUAUUAAGAAACAGCGGGAUAUGAUGGCCCCUGCCAUUAUUUUGGAUUACAAUAUUCAGCAUAAAGAUGUGGAAAAAUUGAUCAAAAGACAUUGGCAUAUUUUGAAAGAAGACAGGCAUUUAAAAUCCAUAUUGCCAGAAAAACCCAAUAUUGUGUACAAAAGAGCCCCAACCAUAAAAGACAUUUUGGUGAAAAAUGUGGUUGACCCUCCACCUAAGAGUGGUUAUACGUUCUUUAAUACGAAGGGCUUUGUUGCCUCGUGA